GUUGCAAGUCAGACAUCAACAUCGGUUUCGACAACUUCGAGUACAACUCAAUCAUCCACUACUUCAAGUACUCCUACAACAGCAACAUCUUCAGUAACGCCAACUUCUAAACCAACUCUCACAACACGAAUCCAAGGCAGUGUCAAAUCAAAGUCCCAAUGGGAUGACAAAUUACUGGUAAAAACUAGCUCAUUAUACAAGGAGACAGAAAAGAUUUUCAAAGAUGCGAUUCAAAAAGUAUACGAAGCUCAAAAUGUUAGUGUUGAAGUCAUCGUGCAAGAGUUUACAAAAGGGAGCAUUAUAAUCUUCUAUGAGGUGAUCGUUAAAGGUGUCACAUCRACAUCGGAUCCUCGACAACUUCUGGUCAGUGCCAUUAAAGGAGGAAAAAUUGGGAAUUUGACAGUUGACCCAGAAUAUAUUGAUAUCAAAGAAGUGUAUCCAGGUCUUGAUUUGAGUAGCUAUAAAACCGUUGUCGRAAGCUUCUUCAACAAUUGCUGUGACUCACACCUUGGUUUUGCAAAUCAAACGAGGACCUGUUCAGCAGUCACCAGCAACGCGACAUGCGUGGGAGCUGUGGUAUACCGAGAGGUGAAAUGCGAAGAAGUGRAGGAUCAGACAUGCAGUGCAGCAUCUUUGAGACAGACAAUAGCCUUGAUUCUUGGCUUAAUCGUUAGCAGAUUAUUGUUGUGAAAAGAAGAUAUCAAGACUCUUCCUGUUGAUAACCACGGCACUGAUUUUCACUCGUAGCAAUAAUGUUUGACAAUUAAUGUUAAGACUGAUUAUCACCAAGGUARCCCGCUACAUUCGAUGCAAGGUUACCAUGGUGACCUUCUUCAUACUGUGCAAUAGUGUAAUUUAUUAACUAUUAUUUAUACAAAAAUUAACAUGGUAAUGUUUACCACAAGCUACCAUGGUAAUAUUCACACCACUUACAUUCACCACAGUUACCAUGGUAAUAGUCRCCACUGUUACCAUAGUAAUUUUGUUGCAACCAUGGCAAUGCUCACAAAGGGUCACCAGGCUUAAAGACAGAGAGAAAAUCGAUUGAAAGAUUCUUUUUAWUGCACUGCAGUCAACAAGACCUGGCAUGGAUUGUCUUGUAGAAAGUAUUUGAGUCCUUAUACAAAUAAAUCAAAACCGUCUUGGUACCGUUGUAAAAUAAUUUUAAAGAAUUUUAACAGRAAAAUUAACUUCACAAAAUGCCAAAACUUAAAGUCGUUUCGAAAAUCACAAUGAUCUUGAUCUCACAAACUGAUUCACGAAAAAAAAGUUUCGCACAUUUUGGUUUCGCUCUAAAACUCUUCACGUAAUUCGUGAAAAACUUACUGAAAACGCACGCAUGCGCAGAAGUUUUUCUUAGGUGUUUAGAUCUAAUGCAACUAAUUGYAACUUGUGUAUUUUGUAAAUAAACGUCAUCCUUAUUAUUACUGUAA